AUGUCGAAAAACGGGGCUGAAAGUGUGGCGGCGCGGCUCAUCGGUGGGCUGCGGACGGACUGUACGCAGUGCGCAGGGCGGGCGGGGCGCGCGGGCGGGCGGCGCGCCGCGGCUCAGCGCGCAGUGCUCCUCGCGCAGGACCGGAGUGGUGUUCACUCGGCGGCGCGCCACGGCGCGACAUGCCCAGCUGAUGUUUAUUUAUACCGCGAGCUCGGUGGAGGGUGCGCGCGGGAGGCCCUCCCCUCCGCGGCACCACGGUUUCGCGUGAUGCAGCCGAGCGAGCUAGCCGACGCCGCGCACGCCGCUAGCGGUAACCCCCCGCAGCGUGGCCUCAACGGUGGCCGUUUCGACUUUGACGAUGGUGGUACAUAUUGUGGUGGAUGGGAAGACGGCAAGGCCCACGGCCAUGGUGUGUGUACAGGACCCAAAGCGCAAGGAGCUUAUGCCGGCUCCUGGCACUACGGCUUCGAAGUUUCCGGUGUCUACACCUGGCCCAGUGGGAGCUCAUUUGAGGGUCAAUGGCAAAACGGCAAGCGGCAUGGACUGGGCGUGGAGACCCGUGACCGCUGGUUGUACCGCGGCGAGUGGACGCAGGGCUACAAGGGCCGCUACGGCGUGCGCCAGAGCACGAUUAGCAACGCCAAAUACGAGGGUACAUGGGCCAAUGGAUUACAAGAUGGAUACGGAUCGGAAACAUACGCGGAUGGUGGUACAUAUCAGGGGCAAUGGAUGCGGGGAUUGCGGCACGGCUACGGUGUACGGACGUCGGCCCCAUUCGGGCUUGCAUCACACUACCGUGGAGGUGCGCGGGGCCAUCGAGGCUCGCUGUCCUCACUCAACGAGGCUGGUGCCUCUGAUCCCUCUGAACAGAGGGCCUCGCGCAUGGAUGACGCUCGCGGUGGUUUUGUUCUCACUAUUAGAUCGGACCAGCCAUCGGGCAGACGAAGCUCACUCGUUGGAAAAACUAAAACAGGACUGCUCCAUAAAUGGCGCAAACAGCGCAGCGUUGGCGACCUGGACGGGGCCGGCACUGGGUCGGUUCACUCCGGGGGCUCGGGGGGCUCGGGAGCUUCGUGGGUCUCUUCGGUAGACAGCACCCACUCUGCUAUGACCCAUGCCUCUUUGCACACAAACUCAAACGCAAGUUUCGUAAUCGAGGAUGAGCAUCUGGAUGCCAGUGUCACAGAAACCUACCUUGGGGAAUGGAAGAAUGACAAACGCACUGGAUACGGUAUCAGCGAACGUAGUGAUGGACUUCGUUACGAAGGAGAAUGGGCAGCAAAUAAAAAAUACGGUUACGGUGUUACCACGUUCCGAGACGGUACAAAAGAAGAAGGCAAAUAUAAAAAUAAUGUGCUUAUCACAAGCCAGAAACGAAAACACAUGUUCCUCAUGCGUUCGGCUAAAUUCCGGGAACGUGUUGAUUCAGCAGUAAAUGCGGCGCAACGUGCAUCUAAAAUAGCAUUACAAAAGGCAGAUAUAGCUGUUUCUAGAACCUCGACGGCGCGAGGAAAAGCUGAUCAAGCCGAUGAAGCGGCAGACCAAGCUAAAGAAGACUGUGAUAUAGCGCAAGCUACUGCGAAACAGUUUGCCCCAGAUUUUAAGCAUCCAGGCUUUGACAGAAUAGGAUUAAGAGAAAAAUAUAGACAAAAAGCUUACGAUACACAAGUUGCAACACCCGUUUCCCAAGACUCUGAAAAGGCCUUGGAUGGAAAGAGCAUUCCAAAUCAUAUCCCUCCGAUGCAUUCGCAGAUUCCACAAAAUAAUAAAGUCCCAAAUACGGUAUCUUCCAGAAGACCAUCUACACAAUAUCCCAAGGCCGUGCAACCAGAUCAAAGGCUUUACAAUACUAAUUAUAAUACAGAUAGUAGAGCUCCCGGACCUCCUUUCGAUCCAUAUUAUACACCAAAUCAAGAUAAUUGGACAUCAGCGAGUACAUCACCUCAACUUUCCCCUGAUAAUCAAAAACCCUUCCCACCAAAUGAACAAAUAAAUUCAUACGGACCUCCAUCACAAGGAGGCCCUCAACAAUCAGCUCCUAGAUUUAUAAGACAAGAUGCAAUGCAGCUUCAACAUAAUACAGACCAAACUAGCCAACAAUACACCAACCAAGAUAGAAGAUUAUCUUCAGGAACACGACCCCAAUUAAAUCAAAGGCCUACACAUCAGGACUGGAAUGCUCCACAAGCUCCUCCGCGACGACAAAGUAUACUUGGUCAGCCACCAUAUGGUACUCAGGGCAAUACGUAUUUAGAUAGCGGCACUUCGGGAUAUCGACCAAAUGAUGUUCGCACCGGAACCAUCCAUUCAGAAGGACCUCUUGAUCGGCCAGCAAUGGUGAUGAACCAACAGCCGUAUAGGCAGGCAAUGGAUACCCAAGGUUAUAGGCAAACUCACGAUCAUCAAAGUUACGGCCAACAGACUGACCAAAUGUAUCGCCAAAUGACAAAUGAAAAUCAAGGAUACCACCAGACGGGUCCUUCUGACCAAUCAUAUCGGCCCACUGCCCCUACUGAACAAGACAUCGUCAAUGGAGGUCGAGACCCUCGGCAACCUGGAUCACGACCGUCUAUUGACUAUUUUGAUCAUUAUAAAAGACCCCCUAGCAGAGACUCGAGUGUUGAUCGUUACGGACGACGUUCACGACAACCUUCUGUCGAAGCCGCUCCAAGCGGGGGUUCCCGAGCUGGAUCCGUAGCUCCUCAACCUCCAAUCAUCAAUCAAUCACGACCUCAGUCUCGUGCAGCUACACCAGCGGGCAAUGGUCACCUAGCAUCCGGACGAGGCUCUAUAUCUCGAUCAGGUUCACGAGAUCAUUCGAUUCAGCCAUUUGAGGACUCACUCUUGAGAAAGCGAACGUUAGGUCAGGAAAUAUCACCGUCACCAUAUCAGCCAAAGCGAACAGAAAGCUUGUACGUGGCUCAACUCCCAGCGCCACCGCCACCAAUACCUACGGGAGGCGGUGGAGGCGGUCGAAAGUGCAAUUAUUUGAAAAUGUGGUACCAAGGAGAUGAAGAUGAAGACGAGGACCUGUUAUGCUCUCCGGCUAUCCUCGCCCGGCGAGCAUCAGAGAGUUGGAUUAAUGUUCCUCCGGUGGAGAUGAUAAGCCAACCACAGACUCUGCAGCGUAAAAAAUCACUGCCGGAUGUGGCAGGAAUGCCAAGAAUGCCGGACGGUGGCGGAAUGUCCCGCGAGGAAGUCUCGGCUCUCGGCUCGGCGCGACGUGAGGAAGUGCGUCGCAUCCACGAAGAGACCGAGAAACUGAGGGCCAACCCUCUGCUCUACUUAGUCAGUCCGCAAGUCAAGGACUGGUUCUCCCGGCAGCAGCUGGUGAUCCUAGUGCUCUUCAUCAACAUCUCUCUGGGGAUCAUGUUCUUCAAGCUGCUCACGUAG